GGUAAACAAAUCCCGGCAAGUCUGUUUUUCAACUUAUCCAUAGAAGCGACGCGGAGUUUAUUCAUGACGCUGUUUAAAAUAAUCGUGAAAAAAUGACUGAAAUUCUGGAAGUAAUACUGUCGUGUGAUUUGAAGAAACUGAAGUCUCUUGUGGAAAGAGGACUUGAUAUAAAUUGCCAGAUACCUGGCACCGAAGGUUGUACUCCACUUCAUAUUGCUGUGGGCAUCAAGAAGUUGGAAAAAAAAGAAAAGAUCCUUUCUUAUUUGUUGGAAAUGGGUGCUGAUCCUAAUGCAAGAUCAUUUGAUGACUUAACGCCUGUGCAUAUUGCAUCGAUGUGGAACAACUGUUUUCAAUUGGAAAAGCUCUUACAAAAUGGCGGAAAUCCGUGGUUGACCGACAACGAAAAUAAGAAUUCAUUUGAUAUGGCUGCUGAUUACAAAGCCUAUGAAGCAUAUCAAAUUUUGCAAAUUUAUCUUGCUGAAGAUAGGUUUACCUACAAGGAUUCAAAUAAUGCUUCAAAAAGAAAAUCUAAAUCCAGAAUUAGGCACGAGGUUGUUAAGCGUGAAGACGAUGAACUUGUUCAUCAAUCAUUGAAUGAAAUGACAAACAUUAACUAUAUCACAGCAAAUGAUAAUUUUAUGUCUCAGAUAUCUGCCAUAGAAGAUGAAACUGAGAGCUUUAUAAUCAAUCUUAGUAAGUUCUUAAAAAGGAGGGGCUCAUGCAGAGAAAAAAAUAAGUCAACAAACUUGGACAAAUCCAAACCUAAAAAUGAUACGAGUCACAAUAAUCUCUUUGUUCCUUUAAGCAAUGCAACGAAACCUCCAGUGCCCAAACAAGAACAGGAUUGCCAUGAGAGGGACUUUAACCAAGCCUACUAUUUUUCUCCGCAUGAAAACGACAGUUUCGAUUCUACUAUAAACAACUUGCACGUUUCAGAUACUGCAGGUCCACACACGAUUGUCGACAGUGACAACGAAACUGGCAUCGUGCUCGUAGCUGAAGAUGUUUCUGAAAACUGCGGUAUUGAUGGUUCAGCAAACUCUUCAAUGUCCAGCACUUGCAGUGACUGGAAAACAUUUCAAGCGGACAAUAUCAGUAGAGUAUCGGCUGCUGGCAGUGACUGCUCAUCCCAUCCAAGUUCUUCCAUUCUUAUAACUAGUCAUCUUCAAAAGUACAGCAAUUCAAAAAUUUUUGAUCAGCUACAAAAUUUGGGUGACAAACCAGGUCCAGUGUUGGAUCAUACUCGGGAAGUGUACCUUCGACGAUUGGCUAAACUAAGAUCUGGUUGUAAUGUUUCCUGUGUGCUACCGGAGCCAAAGUUCUGUCCGGAAAUAUACCUGUUCCUGGAAGGCAAGCUCAAUAUGACUCGGAUACAGAACAUGGAGCACCUCAUGGCUGCCGAAUUCAACGACCUGAAUCCCGAUCAAAAGUGGAGAGAAGGCAAUCAACGUUCCUGUUUCAACUACUUCCUUUUGGACCCCAGGGUGACCCAGAACCUUCCGUCGAGAGCUUCUCAGCUGUCUUUGGAGAAAUCUUUCAUGACUUUCAUCGAUUCAUUGUUUUACGUUGGGAAGGGAUCGAGAAACAGGCCAUACACUCAUCUGCUGGAAGCUGUGAAGACAAUGCAAAACAAUGAUGAAAAAAGUGAUAAAAUUGCUCACAUACUGGAUAUUUGGUCAUCAGGUUUGGGCGUCAUUUCUUUACAUUGUUUCCACAAUUCCAUUCCUGUAGAAGCAUAUACUAAAGAAGCAUGCAUCAUUGAAGCAAUGGGACUCUCCAACCUUACGAAUGUGAAAACUGGAGAUUACUACGGCAUAUCAACAAAAUGGACCAAAUCUCGAAAGCGCCAAAUCGGAAUAUCAUUGUUAAAUCGUGCUUUACAAAUUUUCAUCUUGGAGGGAGAAAGACAGAUUAAGCCAAAAGACGUUAAAACUGUAAAGUAACUCGAUUACUUCUGCUCAUUGUGCAUUUUAAAGGAUUCCUAUUUUUUUUAGUUGUUUUUAAUAAAAUGUUACAAAAUAUUCUGCUGUUUGGUAAUGUUUUUUCUUAGCAUUUGGAGGAUUGAGCAGAAUAGGUAAUUAAGAUUUUUUAAGAUUACCUGCUGAAUAUUAAUUGGCGACUUAUCUCAAACAUGUGAAAAAACAUAAUUAUUGAUUCAAAAUUUCGAUGCUUUGUGCGGUUAUAAUAAUGACAUAAGUAGUUUACAUAGUUAGAUCAUUGUGUUGCAUAAAUGAGUGGCACAUCAUUCAAAAUUUAAAAGAAUUUUUUCAGGCUAUUUCGAUUUAGGAUUGAUUGCCAGUUGCAAAUUGGAAGAUGUUUGUUAACAGUAGAACUUGACUUA